UUAUAAGAAGGGAUUUAUUAUAAGUUUUAAGGAGUGGCUAUAAAAAUGAGCGGAAAUCAAGUUUCUAAUGAAAAACCAAAGUUACCAGAAUUAUGUGCAGAAGGCCAUAAUUCAUCAGAAAUAGCACAAGAACAGAUAGAUUAUAAGGAGAAGGAGAAUACACCAAUAAUAUAUGAUAAAGAAAAGCAAUUAACAACGCCAUUGUAUUCAAAAUCUAUUUUAACAUUUGCUCAGUCAAAAAAUACAUCACCUAUAUCAAUAAAUACAAGUAAAAUGUACCCAGAAGGGUUUAUUAAUUAUAAGGAGAAGCCAUCUAUUAGAAUUCAUGUUCCUUUAAAAGGACAAGUUAAUGUUUAUGUUAAUUUUGCACGAGAAGCAGAAAAGCACUAUGGAUGGACGGCUUUACAUCCAUUACAAGCAAGAAAUUUGAUUAAUUUAGGGAUGCUAAAGUAUGAUAAUGAACUUGAUUCAGAUGAGGGAGAUGAAUCGGAAUCGAAUGUAGAUGAAGAUAGAAAAGUCAAGUUAUCAGUAGCACCAACGGAAAAUGAAAGUUCAAAUCUUCAAGAACCGUUUAUUCCAGCACAAAAGAAACGUAAAAGAAGGAUACAAGAAGAAGAAUAUGAUACGCUUGAUCCAUUUAUUGAUGAUUCAGAAUUAUUUUUAGAGGAAAUUGCAGCAUCAAAAGAUGGGUUUUUUGUAUUUUCAGGGCCUCUUAUACCAAAGGGAGAUAAAGUAAAGAUAGAAAGAACGGAUGAAUCUACAAAAAAAGGGCGUUCAAAGGGAGGAAAACAAAAUACAAAUCGUAUAAUUAAUAAAAAUACAAAGCAAAAAGAAGUUAAAAGUCCAAAGGAAAGCAAUGGAAAAAAGAAUGUAAAAACAGUUCAAAAUACAAAACAUGUAGAACAAUCAGAAAACAAAAAAGGUACAAAUUUAGAGAAAGCAAUUGAAAAAAAAGAACCUAAAGAAUUAAAAACCAACAAGAAUCCAUCUCCUUCUAAAGAAAAUGUAGAAUCAAGUACUAUUAAAAGUACUAAUGAGACUAAAGAAAACAAAGAUACAGUUACACAAAAAUCUAAGAAAAGCAAAAAAACCGAAAAGCCUGAAAAUGGACAAGGUUAAAGGGAGAGAAAAAAAUGGAGAAAAACGAAUGGAAUUGUUUCUGA